UGGAAAAAUAAGUUAGUCGCCUAUUGAAAAUCGAAGAUCUCGAAUUUCAUUCCUAAACGAUUAUCAAGAAAAACGGAAAAGAAUCACAAUGAAUGAUCCAGAACUGUAUAACGUGGCUAAUUCUAUGCAAAAGAAUGCAGCAGUCCAAUGUCUUAAUGAAUAUGCAAAGAAAAUUAACUGGAAAAACAUUGGAGACAGCGCUAUUGACCUAGGUUGUGGUGAUGGCAGUGUCACUGUUAUCUUAAAGAAAUACAUGCCUAGUAACUAUAAGAAGUUGGUCGCGUGUGACAUAAGUGAAAAAGCUGUCAAAUAUGCAAAUGAACAUCACAGUGAUGAAGUCACCAUGUUCAAAGUGAUGGACAUCCAAGGAGACCUGCCUGAAGAAAUGCAUUCAGCAUUCCAUCACGUGUUCUCUUUUUAUGCGUUGCACUGGAUACGAAAUCAAGAAAAAGCAUUUAGAAAUAUCUACAACCUUCUAGAAGAAGGCGGCGACUGUCUCCUCACCUUCCUUGGCUACGCUCCGCUAUACAGCGUUUAUAGUAUACUGUCACAGUGCUCCAAAUGGGAAUCUUGGUUGAAAGACGUCCAAAAGUUCAUUUCACCAUAUCAUGAUAUGCAGCAACCAGAAAAAAAAGUCACCCAAAUGAUGCAAGAAAUCGGUUUCAGAAACAUCGAUGUGAAAUGCAAAGAAAUGCGUUUUGAAUUUGACAGUGUUGAAGCUAUGAAAAAUACCAUAAAAGCUAUCGAACCUUUCGACAUGCCGAAAGAUGUGUAUGAAGAGUUCAUGCAAGAUUACUACUCGGUGGCCCAAGAUAUCGGUGUCGUAGAAAUAAAUAACAAUAACAUCGGAGACACCUCAAUCAAUUGCUCCUAUUCUCUGCUAGUCGUCUGCGCAAGCAAAUGAUUAGAGAUCACCAAAAUUAACCAUAAAAUUAAGUCAAACCAUAGUGAAAUUAUUCUGGCAAAUCCGCCUAAGAUCUGAUUACUAGAACCGCCUAUUUUGUACUAUCCUCCUAGUUUUAAAUGUAAUUAAGAACUAUAUUCAAAAAUAAUAUUAGCCAAUGAUUAUUUAGAUAAAUCAGAUUAUUAAUAAAAAUAGGUUAUUUCGCAAUAAAUAGUGAUGUUUUUCUUUGGUAUCCAAAGAAUUAAAGUUUAGUAUUUUGAAAUUCUUUACAACAGUUUCAAUAGUUUUCCGGGGUCAAGAGGAGCAUAUCUAUUUCAAUACAGUGAAAUAAUAAGCAAUUACGUCGUGAUCACACAACUAAUAAAAUCACAUCAAUGUAACAGUAAAAUAUCAUGUUUAUAAGAAUGUAUCCUAUUGAUUCCAUGCUUACUUAUGAAGUAAGAACCCGAAAAUAAAUAUCUUUUUUUCAAAAAAGGGCCAGGGAAUGUUACUUUAGGUUCGAUGCAAAUGCAAGUAAUACCUUUAGGUAGAGUUAUAUCAAUACAAUUGCAUUGAAAAACAAACAAAAUAAAGACAUGCUUUAGUGUUCUGACAGACGUUCGAUAUAUUUCUGCACAUUUUGGAUUUUAUUCUAAAAUUUGCGAAUAAGACAAUCAAAUAAUUGUCCUCCAUCGUUUUUGUCAAAUUAGCUAAUCAUUUUGCGACUAAUUGUUAUUUAAGAAUACACGAUACUAGAAGAGGCUUCAUUUAAGUGAGACAACGUUAAGUUAGUAAUAAUUUAUGAUAUAGAUAUUUAUUAAAUUAUUUCUAAGAUUAUUACGAAUGUAUACUUACUGAAUGGCAAUAGAGCGAUUAUUUUAUUUAUCACACAAAAUAAGUUAUCAUCAACCAAUACUUAAUUCUGGAGGUUGUUGACUUGUAUUGCAUUAAAUAUCACAAUAGUUCAUUAGUCACCUAGCAUUAGACAGAAGUCAAAACAGCAUAGUAUUGGGACUUAAGCUUAUACUUUGUAAUAAAAGCACUGAUAUGAUAAAGGUAUAUAUAUAUAUAUUGUUUUAUUCAUAUAAAAUGAGAAAUAGUUUCAAGUUUGAUUAUAAAGUCGAAAAUAUGGAGGUCUGUUUUCCGAUAGUGUUGAAAUUUGUCAAUUUUGUAGAUUAUGAUGUGUUUUUUCCGAUAUACAUUUUGCAUUCAUGGAAAAAUCCUAUGCAUUUAACAAAAAAAAAUGUUGUGUACAAAAUUAAACUAUUCACUUUUUACUACGAUAUAUAUCUAGGCAGCUUUUUCUAUAAAAUAAGUAGAUUUGGCGCCAGAGUACCGUAAAGUUUGUCUCAGUGAGCAUUUAGGAGGAUAAUAAUUUAAACAUCACGUGGAAGAUGCGGCGCGUAUUUUUAAUAGUGUAAUCCUUUAUAGGCUUUGUGUUCAUGUGAUUAUGAUACGCACUAUCGAAUCGCAUAUAGCCGAUUUCAUCUUGGGCACCCAUCGAUAUAUCAUAGCCGCUUUUUGAAUGAAAAUGCUUGUAAUGAAUACGUUAAAUGCAAAAUCGCAUCGCAAAUAAUCCGGACAAAAAUUUCGAAUUUUCCACAUUCGCGGAAAACCUUCCAGUCAAAACUACCAAAUUACUGAACUACACUUUGACAGAUCUGAGUUCCUGAUUUUUUUUUCUUUAAUUACUUCUGAGUCUCCAAUAUCGUUGUAGAUUAUAAUAACCACUGCCAAAGUGAGGUCUUACUAAGUAAGGUAUUUCACAUCUAUAUAUUUAUAAUAUCUAUGGAAGUAUUUCUCAUCUAUAGAUUUACUUAUAUCAAUGCUUAUAGACAAUACAAGUGGCCGUGACAAAAGCCUAGAAGAAGCAGGGACAAGACCUGUAACGUCUUUCAUAAUACUACAUAAUCUUGCAGCAUGCAUGAAAAGAUUGAUGACUGUUAAUGAAGCG